GAAGGAGCCUCGGCGGCGCAGCGCUGGUGGCGGCGAUGUUUGCCAGGCGGGGCGUCUACUGGCUGCCUCCUUGCAGCCCCGGCGAUAAUGUCCGGAGACCAGCUGGGAACCCUGUGGUAUUAACCUCAGUCAACAUGUCCUGGAACCUGCAGAUCACUCAACCCCAAUCUCAGCUCAGCCUGGUUCUUGAAGACCAAACGAGCGUAGGGAAUGAUCGAUUGGCUGAGGCUGGAUCUCCAACGGAUGCCGUCCCCCACCAGCUGGGUUUCUUGCCCAUGAGCGGACGGCUUCUGAAAUCUGAAUCGGAAGAUUCCGGCGUGGAGUUGGCCAGCGGCGAUCACGUCCCUUUGACUCCGGUGGAAUCCGAAAAAAGCUUUUCUUUGGAUUGCCUAGAUGGAGAUGAUUCUGUUCCAGCCAUUCAGGAGGGUUGCCCCCAAGAAAGACCAGAAGCACUGCUGCCCAUUGUGGAUAGUGCCUGGCAGGAUUUCUGUGUCAAAAGGAAGCUCGGCGAUGUGGUCCAGAGAUUCCAGAAGAACCUCGUGCCUAUGCCCAAGAAGCCUUCUCCAGAUUUGGAGGAGUUGAAGUCCUGCCACUACCCAUGUGAGCCAGUGAGUGUUGAAGUGGUUCUGGAUGAAGCUACCUCAGACAGCAGCACCCUUGAGGAGAAAACAAAAGAAGAGGUGAGUGUGGGAAAGAUUCACAACAGCCGGCAUCCCAUCCCGUGCCAGGACCGGGUCUCCGCUCCCUGGAGAACCUCUCCAAAAUUAUGGAAAAAAAUGGCGAAACUGCAGAAAGCCAAUAAGGAAAUCCAACAUGAACAACAAGUAUUGGAAUGUCGAAUCCGGACCUUGGAAAGCCGGGUCUGCACCCUGGGACAGGAGAAGUGUGUGAAUCCAGUGAGUGUUGAUGGGGUUCUCGAUGAGGCUUCUGGAGGAUGCAGUCAAGCUACCUCAGGCGGCAGAAUCCUUGAGGAGGAGAAAACAAAAGAAGAGGCACAACAGCCGGCAUCCCGCUCCAUGCCAGGACCGGGUCUACACUACCUGGAGAACCUCUCCAAAAUUAUGGAAAAAAUGGUGAAACUUCAAAAAGCCAACCUGGAAAUUCACCAUAAAUGUCAAAUACUGGAGUGCCAAAUCCGCAUCCUAGAACAGGAGAAAAAUGACCGAUCCCUCUGGGGAAGAUUGAAGGGGUUGUUUAGAAUGAGAAGGAAAUCUGGACAGCCUAAAGAAGUCAUCCAAGUCACAAUGACAAGGAACACCAGUAGUGACACCACAUCCCAAAGCCAGCACCGUUGAUGAAAUUGUAUUUUUUCAUUGAAAUUGUAUUUUUUUAGUAUUUUUAAGAGAUAACUAUAUAUGUGGCUGUGAGUUUGAAUAUAUUUAUUGUAUUUAUUGUAUUGUAUUUAAAUAAGGAAAAUAAAACGUUUUGCAGACUUAAAAA